AUGUCUUCCAACCGGUAUCCCACCAGGUCGUCCCGGAGACUCCAAUGCCAAAAGGCUCUCACGGACCACAUAUACCAACGUCUCAGCAAGAGAAUCGAUCCGAAGCAUGUCCGGCUGCAACCCCGCCCCGAUGAUCCGUACCGAUGGGUUGUGCCCGAGACACUACGUGCCACAUUCAAGAAGAACCUCAGCCGCUGCGCUGUCGAGCUAUUACCGGCAAUCGAAGAAGCCCUGAAGAAUGGCAGUGUUCAGGCUGUGGAGCCGCACACGUUGCCAAGCCACGAGAGCCCCGUUGGCAUAUCUGCUCCGAAGCCUCGAGAAUCCGACGUUUAUGUCUUGAUCGACAACGGGGCGAAUGGCGGGGCUGUCCGUGAUGAGAGCUCCACGGCUACCAUUCGCAAGCUUGAGCAAGAAAACGAGGCGCUACGCUCCGAACGGCAGAGAAUCAACGAAUCUCACGCACGGGAAUUGCUUGAGGAACGAGGACACCGGGAUGCAGAACGACGUGCGCUGCAGGAAGAGAACGAGCGAUUGAAAUUGUCUUGUGCCUCGUUGCAAGCCGGCAUCUGCCAUGCGCUGGAUCAGGUGGGCCAGAUUCAAGGACUUCUUUCCAAGUCCGCGGGUAUCCUUUAG